CUGUGUGUUUUCUGCAGGAAGCAGGAGUUCUUUGAUCAGCAAUGCUCCCUAGCAGAAAAGCGAGCUGCAAUCAUUGCUCGUCCGGUCAAAUCGACGAAGCUGGCUCCAAGUUUCAGGCAUGCCCCUCUUCUUCUGCAACCGGCAAAAAGCAGGGAGAGUGAAUUGUGUCCGCGUUGUUCGGAUUACAAUAUCCUGUCGAAGUUUGAGGCCGCCGACACGCUCGAUGAACUUGAUCGGGAUGAGUUUCUUGGCGGUCAUAAAACAUCAAAACGAAGAGAUAUGCACAAUCUCAACCUUGGAUCGCUGGAGUCGUUGCAGUUGUUCUCGUCUUGUCCGCUCUGUCGGCUGAUGUACAAUUCAUUUCCGUUUUCUGAGUUCCCCGAGCUGAUGGACGACCUUUCGAACAUUUCUAUAUCGCUUAUUCCAUUCAGAACUUACGAACGAUUGGACGAGUCCUGGAAUGUUCCGAAAGAUGACACUCUAAAAGCGUCUUAUGCAAUCUCUUUUGCUGUUGUUCUCAGCGGUUCGUCAUUCAAACGUCUGAAUUCGAGCCGUUUUGUGUCUGCAAGCGAAGGUGCAAAUGCCUCAUCCGUCAUUGCUUUAGACCAAUCCAGCGCUUUCUCAAACAGGACAUCCUUAACGGGAGGAAAAAUCAGGGAGCAACUAGAUGCGUCUUUCGUGAAGGGAUGGAUCGAGCGAUGUCAGACUUCUCACGGAUCGAACUGCGAAGUAUCAUUUUCAGAUGACCUUCUCCAAGAGCGGGUGAUUCAUGUACCAAGCAUGCAAAUUGUACCGUGUCCGAAAAACUGCCGAUAUGCCGCUCUUUCUUAUGUGUGGGGUGCCUACAAGAACGUCCGGAUUCAGAAUCUUCCGAGGACUCUGAAAAAUUCUAUCGAACUGGCGAGCAUACUUGAGAUCGAGUACAUGUGGAUUGAUGCACUAUGUGUGGAUCAAGCGCCGGCGCCACUGAAGACGAUCCAAUUACAAAUGAUGGACAAGAUUUAUCAGUCGGCAUGGGUGGCCUUCAUAGUUGUUACGGGAGAAGACUCGAACUCUGGUUUGCCUGGGGUUGAUUUGCGUCGUUCUCGGGCUCCAUCACAUGAGGAAUAUAUCCAAGGUCGGAAGAUUAUAUCGUCGCCUCCAAAAUUAUCUCUCUAUGUGCAGGACUGCCCUUGGAGCAAGCGGGCGUGGACCUUUCAAGAAGGGAUUCUCUGGAAGCGGCGACUGUUCUUGACGCCAUAUGAUGCCAUAUAUUGGUGCAAUUCAGCACAAUAUUUUGAGGCCAUCGACGAGACCAACGAUCCACUGCACUGCCUUGGGACGCCGGGUGCACGAGCAGACAUUCCAAACGAGCCAUCCAGGUUCUCAACUGCGGAGCGGGUGUUCUGCGAUGAAUUGGCAGCGUAUACAUCGCGGGAGAUGUUGUUUGAUGCGGACUCUCUGAACGCGUUCCUUGGAAUGUUAGCAUUCUACAAGAGGCAUUUCAAAUUUCGAGAUUUUGUUUGGGGUCUCCCUUUGCUCGACUUGCCGCAAUCGCUGCGCUGGUUUCACGAUAAAACCGUGACACCGAGGAGGCGCGAUAAGUUCCCUAGCUGGAGUUGGGCGGGCUGGGAAGGGCGAGUGCGUUAUAGUGAGGAUUGGGAAAUUAAGCCAAAUGACCGAAGAAACAGUGCUGCGUUUGACAUGAGCGUCUUGUUCCAGAAAGUCGACGGGCAACUACUGACAAUACAAGGCUUCACAGUCCGCCUCAAGAUCCGGACUGAUCCAUUCAGCGAUGCAUACGUGCCGAACACCGACAUACUGCUCGGCUCUGUCAGAAAACGGAAUAUGCUGCAUAGCAACACGAUCCCGACUGGGGAAUAUGACCUCCUGGUAAUUCAGAGGCUCCGUUACAGGAGGACGCCAAACAGUCCCGAGAAACAGGAGAUCUUCAUGUUAUUAUUG